CUUUCCUGACUGCAGAAGGGAGCGUCUCAGGCGAUGUGAGAGUCGAGGCUGUAUCUGGAGCGCUGGGUGUUUCUGAGGUGGGGGGCAGGAUGAGCGCAUGCGAGGGGGCUGCAAACCACAGCAGGUUCGGCUGACAUCCUGCCUCUCUGUAGCUGCUCCGUCUCACUCCAGCUCCUCGCCACCUCUCAGCCUGUUCCAGGAUCCUGCUGGAGCUCGGUUCUGAGAUGGGCAGUAAAGCGUUACCGGCGCCGAUCCCGCUGCACCCCGCGCUGCAGCUCAACUUCUCGCUCCUGCAGACGCUCAACGCGCUCCCCGCCGCCGCGGACCCUCGGUACGGCCUGAGCUCGCUCCAACCCCUGCAGAUGAACCACUGGAGCCUGGGCUACCCGCCCGUUCAGGGCCUCGUGGACCCGCGCUUCGCGUUCUCCGCCGCUCUGCCGUUCGCCGCGCACCUCUUCCACCCCAAACACGGAUCCGCGACGCGCGUCGCCGCCGCGCUGCACAAGGACAGACCCAGGUUCGACUUCGCGAACCUCGCGGCGGCGGCCACGCAGGAGGAUCCGCCCAAACCGGGCGAGCUGGCCAAACUCUCCCCGGGGCGCAAGCCCGCGCGCGGCAGACUCCCGUCCAAAAGCAAAAAGGAAUUUAUCUGUAAGUUUUGCGGGAGACACUUCACCAAAUCCUACAACCUGCUGAUCCACGAGCGCACACACACCGACGAGCGGCCUUACACCUGCGACAUCUGCCACAAAGCGUUCCGGAGACAAGACCACCUGCGAGACCACAGAUAUAUUCACUCCAAGGAGAAACCGUUCAAAUGUCAGGAGUGCGGGAAGGGGUUUUGUCAGUCGCGAACUUUGGCGGUUCAUAAAACGUUGCACUUGCAGGAAUCUCCUCACAAAUGCCCCACAUGCGGAAGAACCUUUAAUCAAAGAAGUAACCUGAAAACUCACCUUCUCACCCAUACAGACCUCAAGCCUUUCUCCUGCGGCCGCUGCGGGAAGCUGUUUCGGCGCAACUGCGACCUGCGACGCCACAGUCUGACACACAGCCCGCAGCAGGACUACUAACUAGUGCACUAACCAGUGACUCCCACACACGCUCAGCCUCUGCCUCAACAGACUCUGGGAACUCGUGAAAAUAAAGUUUUGAUCGUUGUUUGUAUUAUCACCUGCACCUGAACUCGACGCGUUUGGAGCUGAUGGGAGGACUCAUUGUGUGAAUAAAGGCUGAUCUGCUCUCAUGAGCGCAGGAUUAAUACAAUAAUGUGUUUCAGUCAAAGACAAUAACACGUGAGUGAGAAGAGACGGACACAGUUCUGCUUUAAUAAAAGAGUUUUCUUUUUCUAAA